GAAAGAAAGAAACUUUGAGAGAAAGUCUCCGGCUCUCCGGCUCUGCCUCCUCCCGGCUCCCGGUUUAUUCGCUGCUUUAUUUGUUUGUUUGUUUGUUUGUUUGUUUGUUUUGUCGGUGUGGGCACCGCGCGGAUUUGAGACUCGGGCAGGACGAGGUGAGAGGCAGGUUCCGUGUCAGAACCAGGAUCUGGAUCUGGAUCGGGGCGCUGAGUUCCCCCCUCCGGCCGCGGGGUUCCUCCGUCCCCCCCGCCCCCCUCCGCCCGCCAUGAGCAUCCAGCCCCGCAGGAUCCGGCUCAAGCCGUGGCUCGUGGCCCAGGUGAACAGCGGCCGCUACCCCGGCCUGCAGUGGCUCAGCGCGGACCACCGCCUCUUCCAGAUCCCCUGGAAACACGCCACGCGCCACAUGCUGUCCUCCGAGGAGGAGAACACCAUCUUCAAGGCCUGGGCUCUGGAGACCGGGAAGUACCAGGAGGGCGUGGACGAGCCCGACCCGGCCAAGUGGAAGGCCAACCUCCGCUGCGCCCUGAACAAGAGCCGGGAGUUCCAGCUGAAGUACGACGGCACCAAGGAGACGCCGGUGCAGCCCUACAAGAUCUACGAGGUGUGCGACCAGCCCGGGAGCGCAGACGGAUUCGACGACGACGACGAGGAGAUGCCCAACCUGAGGGACCUCAAUAUCAACCCCGGGAUCAGCGACUCCGCCUCCUUCGGAACCUUCCCGCCUGUUUCAGACGUCGGUCACUUCGCCGUGUCCUCAAACGGAGCGUUCGGGCCUCAGCAGGUCAUCCCCAUGCCGCUGCUGCCGGACAAAGUCCUCCCGAUGACCCCCGACCUCCCCAUGACCCCCAGCCACGCUCCGGGUCAGAUGGUGGAUCAGGGAAGCUACGGUCUCCCCGACAGACUCCCGGACCUGAACUCUCUGCCGCCGCCUGCCGCCGCGGCUCACCUGGGGGCCAACUCCAUGGAGGCCAGCAGCAUGGGGGGCAUCCAGGACCAGGGCGACGCCCAGAACCACCAGCCCUGCAAGUACGACCUGCUGAGCAGCGUUCCAUUGACGGACCUGGACCUGAAGUUCCAGUACCGCGGCCGGACCGUCGGCUCCCUGACCGUCAGCAACCCGCAGGGCUGCCGGCUGUACUUCGGACAGCUGGAGCCGACCCCGGAGCAGGUGGACCUGUUCGGUCCCAUCACCCUGCAGCAGGUCCUGCUCCCGGGGACGUCCGACAUCCAGAACCAGAAGCAGCGCUUCUACACCGACGCCCUGCUGGACGUGAUGGACCGAGGCCUGAUCCUGGAGAUCCUGGAGCAGGACAUCUACGCCAUCCGCCUCUGCCAGUGCAAGGUGUUCUGGUCCGGUCCGGGCAUUCCGGAACAGGGACCCCCGAACCCCAUGGAGAGGGAGAAGAAGAUCAAAGUGUUCAGCCUCAACGCCUUCCUGCAAGAGCUGAUCCUGUUCCAGAGAGGCGAAGCUCCCAGUCCGCCCCCCUUCGAGAUCUACUUCUGCUUUGGGGAGGACUGGCCCGACAAGAAGCCCAAAGAGAAGAAGCUCAUCAUCGUCCAGGUGGUUCCCGUGGUGGCUCGGAUCCUGACGGAGAUGUUCUCCGGAGAGCUCAGCUGGUCCACCGACAGCAUCCGGCUGCAGAUCUCACACCCGGACGUGAAGGACCAGACGGUGGAGCAGUUCAAGGAGCUCCAGAGGCUCCUGCAGAGCCAGCACAUCCAGGGGCCGUGGACCCUCAGCGCCUCGUAGAACGACCCGCAGGACUCUGACUGGGGGAUUCCGAGCAGUCCCACUUCUCCACCGUGUCCACGGCCAGGAAAUGACACUCCUUGACACCUUUGGAACUGAACACUUGUGCUGUAGAUAAACCUGGACAUCCAUGCAGUUCUGACAUUUACGUCGUCGUUUUUGUUUCUUUCUCUGGUCACAUAUGAACUACAUGACAACACUGCCCCCACAGGUCAUCGGAGGUAUUACUCAGUCCGCUGCAGCUGUUCAGUGUAACGUUGUAGCCUCUCGUCAUGUUACCUGUAGAACAGCUGCGAACGCGUUACUACAGAAAACAAAUCAUUUCUGUUCAAAACACUUUUGCACCAGUAAAAAAAAAAACAACAAAAAAAGCCAAGUUCUUCCUGUCCUGUAGGACAGCCGCAAACACUGAAUCCAUGGAGUCUCGUCUAUAUUCUGGGAAAUACAGAAAUCAUCCGUUUAGAAAACAGUGUCAUGAAGCGGACGGCAGAUUCAGACCAGCAGGUUCGUCAUUCGGUUUCCUCCUUUAGAAACUCCUUUUAACAGAAACUGUUCAGGAUUUCAAUAAAGACCACUGCAGUAUUCAGCUGCUGCUGCAUUUUAUCCACACACACCUCAGCUCAGCAGCCUCACUGUAGCUCAGAAACACACACUGCCUCCCUGCAGCGCCUUUUCGUUUCCUUGACG